CCGGACCUGGACCGGACUGAUCCACAACAACAGACUAGACAGCUGCUCAUUUUAUAUUGUUACUUCUUUUUCUAUCCGUACCUAUAAUAAACUGUUAUUAUCGUCGCAAGUUAACGACGCAGUUGAAGAUAAUACAGUGUUGGCGUGAGCAUGAUUCACUUCCGAGACGCGUGAGCCUUUUGAGACAGAAAAAUGAAGCUGAGCAGUGUGGUCAAAGACUACCUGACCACCGUCCCUGACGAACUGCCCGUGUCCAAGGGGGACGUGGUUCAGGUGGUCACGCGUGUGGACCGGAUUUGGUGCGAAUGUCGCCUGCUGACCGGUGACAGACAGGGCAAAGUGCCUGCAGGUCACCUGAUCGAACUCGAGCCGCCACAGGUGGUCGGCGAUCAAACGCUUUUUAUCUCUUUGUCGGAUUUUAAUGGGCAACAGGAGGGCGACUUAAUCUUCUUUAAAGGAGAAUUUAUUAUUGGCACUCACAAGAUUGACGACAACUGGUGGCACGGAAAGUGCAAUGCUAUGGAAGGAAUGUUUCCCAAGAGCUAUGUUUUGGAGUUGGAAAGGGAAAAGAAUUCAGUGCGUCGAGCCAGGGUGAAAACUAGCAUGCGUGCGCAGAUGGACGAGGAAAUCGAUUUGGUAGAAGGAGACAUCGUCACCGUGGAAAAAACCUGGGACAAAAACUACCUCUACGGCUGCAGCCAGGGAAAAUACGGAAUCUUUCCCGCCGCUUUUGUCACAAUUUUAGCAGACGAAGAACCGGAAAUCGAGCUGAGGAAUAGUGCACCCGCUGACAUGCCCCCUGCGUACAGAGAAAGUUUUAUGCCUCCCAAAUAUGAGGACAGUUUCCCUCAGGCGCAAUACAACACCCCCGUCCCUGUGCAACCGGAGCCAUGUCGUCUAAGCAUGGGAAUGAAACCGUAUGGCAUCGGCCAGUAUUCCUUCACAGCCAGCUUUGACAACGAGCUCAGCUUCAAAGAGGGAGAAGUGAUCAUGCUAAUUAAUUACGUGGAUGAGGAUUGGAUCAAAGGAUCAGUCGAUGGCAGGGAAGGGAUUUUCCCAAAGAGCUAUAUUAAUAUCGUCAUUGACUGUCCAUCGUUGAAUGUAAAACCAGCCAAACAACUGACAGGGCUGGCGGCCGGAGGGUUUGCUAGGGUUGUGUACGACUUCCAGCCCCAAAUGGCGGGGGAUGUGCAGGUCAGGGAGAACGACAUUGUUUUCCUCUUGCGCCUGACUGACGACUCGCAGUGGUGGCAGGUCAAGAAGGAGGACGGAACUGAAGGAUUAUGCCCAUCUAAUUUUCUGGAGCCUCUGAACAUGGAGGUCCAUAGGCCAAGGCAGUCAACCAGUUCAAUGGCCGAGUUGGAAGCGAAAAAUCUGUCAGAGCUUGCCCUGUCGAAGCCACCUGUUCCUUUAAAACCGACAACAUCAAGAAUUUCAUGGAGACCCUCGCCCCCUUCUUCCCCUCCGCCAUCGCCUCCCAAAGAUGAGGAUGAAGAAGAAAGUCCUCCCAGUUUCGCUGCCUUGGCGGUGGUAGAAGCAGCUAGAGAAAAAGAAAAUACAGUUCGGCUGCCACACAGAGCUCCUCCUCCAGUUCAGCAUUACAGAACGCCGCCGCCGCCUCCAGUUCCCCAGCAUGAAGAACAACCAGACCAAAGUGAACCAGCAGCAACUGCCUCUCGCAGCCAAGUUGAUGGACAUGCUGGUGCGACUGAAAAUGAAGAAGAUGCAAGAAAAAAGAACGAAGAACAAAGGCAGAAUGUGAUAACAGAGCUCGUACUGACUGAGAAAGACUUUGGGAGAGACCUCAAGAUAACUUAUGAGACUUUUAAUCUGUACAAUCCAAAGCAUUUGGAGGCCAGGGGCAUUGAUGCCAAUCUCCUCUUUGGAAAUAUUUUAGAAGUAAUUAAAGUGUCAGAAUCGUUGUUAGACAAGUUGAUCUUGGCGAUGAAAGGGAAGAGUGAGGAGGACCAAUUAAUUGCUCCCUGUUUUUUGGAAAUGGCUGAAGAAAUAAGAGUGGUUUACACUAAUUACUGCACUAACAAUGAUAAUUCCUUAGCUCUGCUUAUGAAGUACGCUGAUAAUGAAGAUAUUCAGAAGGUUUUUAGAAAAGGGAUUGAAACGUUGCAAAUGCAAGUUUCUUGUUUUGACAUGAGUUCAAUAAUCAUCAAGCCUGUGCAGCGAAUUAUGAAAUACCCUCUCAUUUUAAAUGAGCUCUACAAGAGUACUCAUGCUGAGCAUCAAGACAAGGCUGGUUUGCUGGAAGCUGUGAAAAUCAUGUCCGAAGUUGCCUCUUACAUUAACGAAGCAAAGAGACGCCAGGAUAUAGUAAGCAGGUAUCUUGGAGAUGGGUCUCCCUCCUUUUCCUCUCGUAUGGCCAGAUUCUCCUUUCACUCGGUUGCCAAAAAGUCCUCUAGACUCGGUGCGAAGCUUUCAUCUUCACUUGGAAUGUCAAACACGGUGCGAGAUGAACUGUUUGAGGAGUGCGCCAGGACAUUUUUCUCUCUAGACAAACACAUCAAAAACUUCUGCCGAGGAGUGGAAAUCGUGUUGUACCAGACAAAGGAGGUCUCACUCGCCCAGUUUCAUUCCUCAGAAGCCAUUUCAGACUUUUUCGAUGACCAAACAGCGAACAAUUUUGAAUUCAGACAAGCACAAAAAUACAUUUCCAGCGAGUUACUAACUCAGUUUACUACGAGUUUGCAAAAAUACGUGUUGGAGCCGCUAAAUGCAAUAAUCGACCUUGCAAUUGGUCCAACAAAGUUGAUCGAAAAGAGAAACGACAAGCUCGCUGAUUACGAUGCUCUUCUGUCCAAGGCUGAAAAACUCAGAGAUUCCAGGAUGCCGGAAGAUCUUAAUCUUGCCAAAAACACGUACGAAGCGCUUAACACGCAACUGCUGGAAGAGCUUCCCGCAUUUUCAGUCCUUGCUGAGGAAAUUUUCGUCGACUGCGUCAUGUCGUACAUUCGCUCAAGGAAAAUAUUCUCCGCCAAGGUGGCAAAGAAGUAUUUAUAUUUGAUGGAGUUGCCUGUGAUGGCCGGCUUUGCCAGGGAAGACCCAGUCGGGCUUUUCAGGGUGAAGCACAACCUGAUCUGUGAUGAAAUGAACAAACUCUGCUUCGUGUCGAGAACAUUCAAAACCGACAAUUUUGGUACUAUGAGGUCCACUUCGAAUCCUGGCAGCACCAAAACUUCUCCAUAUCUCAGUGUGGAAAGAACAGUGGAUCGAACCCAGAGCCCGAGUCGAAAGUCCUUUUUGCUGAGCAAAUAUCCCCUGAACAAAGUUUUCAAGGUAACUCAGUCAUGGACCAAGAGUGAGGUGCUGGACCUGUCAGUACAGGAAGGCGACAUUGUUGCCGUGAUAAAACAGCAGGAUCCAAUGGGCAGCACGGAGCGGUGGUACGUGGACGACGGAGAAAACAAAGGGUUUGUGGCGCAGAAGUGCUUGCAGCAGUAUCUCAAUUCUAGUCCACUUUCGUCUGGCUACGGAGAUGCAGAGUCUGACAGGAUUUAUGAGGAGGUGGAUUACGCCAGCACGGACAAGGAGGAAGACAUUUAUGAAGAAGUUCCAGAAUAUGAUUUUUACUACGCAGAGUUCAAUUUUGAUCCCACUGACGAGUCGACUCUGAAGAUGCAGAAGGGACAGGUGCUCAAAGUGCUGGCCAAAAACGAUCGACAGGGCAAUAACGAAUGGUGGUACGUCGAAAAUCGAGACGGAGAACAUGGCUACGUGCCUUCGAAUUAUCUCAAAAAGUACACUACGCAAUAAAAGUGAUGGAAUUUACGCUUUGCAACUGAA